AGAGAGAGCGAGGGACCGAGAGAGGGAGCGGGUGAAGUGACGACCGGUGCGUGCAGCUUUCCCAAGAGGAAAUGAAAAGAAAAGAACGAGGAAAGAGAGAGAGCCAACGCAGGGAGCACGCCAGAGAAGGAAACAGACUCGCAUCCUCCAACUCCAGUCAUAUCUGAGACGAUCCCGCUUGGAAAGUGAGGGAGGAGAGAGCCGCCGCUGCUGCCGCUACACACACACACACGCACACACUCUUGCGGCUGCAGACCGCUGUGUGUUCGCCUGCUCUUUUGUGCCAGCAGCUGGGAUUGUUCUUGGCCCCGUCUGACCCCCUUGUCACCCCCCGUGUGAGAGUGUGUGUUUGCAUGUGAGCGCGAGGGGUCCUGGAACGUGGACUGAGUCGAAAGGGGAGGGUCACGGUUCGGGGUUGGGGGUUCUGAUCGGGACAGGUCCAAGACUUCUAAGGAAGAGGAGGAGGGAAACAUCUGCCACCCAAACAGCUGCUCGGAGGUGGACAUGCACAUCAGCUCUUCUCUUAGGGGUCUCGGACUGACAUAGCCUCGGCCAAUCACUGCCUGAGUUAGAGGUGGCGGCCCAUCGGGGUCGUGAUGGCGGCCAUGCCGUUCGUCAGCGAGGGCAAGUGUGUGUCCGUCGAGUGGGACUUUCUUCAGGGGCUUCUCGCCAAACCACCCACCUUACCCUGCUUGCAGAACUUGAGGAAGGAGAAGUCCCGCAAUGCAGCUCGUUCUCGGCGAGGCAAAGAGAACUUUGAGUUCUUCGAGCUGGCCAAGAUGCUCCCCCUCCCUGGGGCAAUAACCAGCCAGCUGGACAAGGCCUCCAUAAUCCGCCUCACCAUCAGCUACCUGCACAUGAGACACUUCGCCAGCCAGGGAGACCCGCCCUGGAGCCCCCUAAUGGAAGGAGAGAACAACUGCAGCAAGGUGCGAAGAACAAGUCAUUCAUUGGUCACUGACAUAUUCGAACAGCAUUUGGGAGCUCAUCUACUGCAGUCUCUGGAUGGAUUUGUGUUUGUGGUCAGUCAAGAAGGCAGAUUUCUUUACAUCUCAGAGACCGUCUCCAUCUACCUUGGCCUUUCACAGGUGGAGUUGACUGGCAGCAGUGUGUUCGAUUACAUCCACCCUGCGGAUCAUGUGGAGAUGGCGGAGCGUCUGGGCAUCAGGCCACACCUGCGGGCAGAGGCCGGCUGUCAGACGUCCCAUGAAAGUGCUUCAAGCUCAGCAUCCACGUCCUCGCUGGCUGGCACUCCAGAACCAGCACCACACAGUCCUUGUUCUCCAGUCAGGGAGUUGUCGGAACGUGGCUUCUUCAUCCGGAUGAAAUCCACACUCACCAAACGUGGCCUCCACGUUAAAUCCUCGGGCUAUAAAGUGAUUCAUGUGACAGGUCGGAUUCGAUGUCGGCCAGCACUGGUGCCCAGCUCCUCCCGAGCCUUACAUCGGCCAAUGGGAUUGGUCGCUCUGGCUCACACACUUCCACCCUCCACGCUCAAUGAGGUGCGCAUGGAAAGCCACAUGUUUGUUUUCAGAGUCAACAUGGAUCUGCAGGUCACCUACUGUGAAAACAGGAUUUCAGAGUAUAUGGACCUGAGCCCAGCUGAAGUGGUUGGACAUACCUGCUAUCACUUCAUUCAUGCUGAAGACCUGGACACCGUCAGGCAGAGCCAUGAAGACUUGCUGCGGAAAGGGCAGGUUGUGACCGGAUAUUACCGUUGGCUGCAGAGGAGAGGAGGUUAUCUGUGGAUUCAGUCCUGCGCCACCGUUUCUAUUAACCACAAAGCACCCCAUGAGCGUAAUGUCAUCUGGGUCAACUAUGUGCUCAGUCGGCCAGAGCUGGCAGACAUGCCUCUGGACUUAUUACAACUUCCAGAAAGCCUGAGGGCAGAGCGGCUUCAAGCAAGCUCCUCCCCGCGCGACAUGUCUCCAAAGACACAAGGCUCUACUGGGACGCAACCAUUGAAAAGCAGGUCUGAAACAGACCUCAAAGGAAAGGAAGCCUUCUCACACAAUACUUCCAGUCAAUCAGAGAACACUAGGAAAAGAUUGCACCAGACUGACUCUGAGAGUGGGCCACCCGAGGCAAGGAGACGGAUGGAGGUGUUUCGUCAGAGAGAGGACAGCCCGUGUACCUCCUCGGACCAAGCCAGUGACAGCGAGGUGGAAGAGGAUGAUGAGAGGGAGAGCGAGUGGGACCACAAUCCCUCCAGCAAACGGGUGAAGAAUGAAGAGGGGGCUUCAAAACAAGGCAACGGGGCUAACGGAGCAGGUAAGAUCCACAAUGGCCGUGCUGUGAUCCAGCAUCUUAAGAGUGUGGUGACCAGUUCCGGAUCAAACAUUAAGACUGAACAAGAAGUGUUGGGCACAACUGUAGGUGCAGGUUCUGGGAGGCGAUGGAGUCAACCUCUGCUUGGCAAUGGCGGACCUAAUGGCAGCAGUCCACCUUCCCAGCCUCCAAAUUCCACCCCGACAGAAGCUCCACCCAAGGGUCUAUUCAGCCCACCCUCCCCAACCCUGUCUCCACCCAUCCCAGCAUCAUCCCUACCCAGAGAUGACCGGUCCAUUCAUGGAGGACGUGCUUCCGACUUUGAGCUACUGCAGAGACUAACUGCAAGUGGGGCUGCAGGACGUGUUCUUUUUCAUCCCCUGGCUCUCGGCCCGCAGGGACCUCAGAGUCUCUACGCUCCAAGUACGAUUCGCUACGCCCCACCUGAGAUGCCCACAAUUCACACUGAAGGUCACCGCUCAGACCAUGGAGCCAAAACUCCCACUUUCUUUCCUCACCUGCAAAGGAUCACAUCUCUGCCUCCCUUCAGUGGCUUUUCUCCAGCCGAACCCACCUUUCCUCCAACUCUGCCCUUCUGUAUGAACGGUCUGAGGGGGGCCGCAGGGACAGAUGAGGAUUGAGAAAGACAGAAAAUUAUGUCAAGGAGAGGUGGGAGGGGUAGCAAAGGACAGGGCAUAAUGUUGAGAGAGGAACUACAGAAGUACUUGAGGUUUGUAAGUCUUCCCAAACUCCUCUCCAGACCUUUCUCUGGUAAUUUGUUAUUGUGUCUUCCUCUUUUUGGAAAAACAGUCAAAGCCAUACUGAAACAUAUGAAGGAAAUCAUGCAACUUACAGAAAGGAGUCAGAAUUGAGGCCAGAAUCACUGGGACCAUACAGGCUGUCAAUGGGAUGGAGAACAGUGGACAUUGUCCUAUGCCCUUUGAUGAGGGGUUGUACAUGGCGAGGUUCUACCUGUCCCUCAGAGAGAUGGGCCUACCUAUAGAAGUCCCCUUUAAUAUAAGGAACCACACAGGAAUAUGCAAGAAUGGACAAAAAGCAGCAUGGCGGCAAUUGCCAAAUAAGACAUCCCUAAGGAAACAAUAAAUAAGCACAGUCCAUGUCCCUGGCUGACAGAGGGAUCGAACUGAAAAUUAAACUUAGAAAAGUGUAGACUUUUCAUUUUUGUAAAAAAAAAAAA